UUCCUGCUCUGCCGGGUGCAGGCGUUUGUGCUGCAUCCCCUCGGCGCCGCGGUGUCCUGGCGGGCAGCCUUGCUCGCCUUCACCGGGCAUGCAGGGGCUGCUGCGGCGGCUUCUCCCACCGCUUUAUGCAGCACGGCCGGCGGCCGCUCGCGCCUUCCUCGCCCGGCGGGCUGUACCCGCGUUCCUGCGCCUCAUGGCGCUGCGGCCGGCGGCGGGAGCCGGAGAAGGAGAAGGCGGCGGCUUCUUAGGCGAAGGCGGCGAGACCCCGGAGCACGGUGAGCUAGAAAAUGUACAGCAAAAGAAAAUCUUUGAAGAGAGUAAGAAAGAGACAAAACAGAUGGAAGAGCCAUAUCCUGCUGAUUCAGUGGACUCUCUGAUGGCAGAAAUGCCAUUUGUCGACACAGAUAUUGAGGAUAAAUUUAUUAUGCACACAACCUCUGAAAUAAAUAUAAAAAAGAAAAGAAAGAGGACUACUGGGAAGGAAAUUGAGGAAGACACUGAGAGAAAGAAGAAAAAGAAAAAACAGCAUAAGCCAAAUUAUUUCAUUUCUCUUCCAAUUACUAAUCCAGAGAUUAAUAGAAGUAUUCAGACUGUCCAAGAUGCAGUAAUACAAAAGGAUCAAAGAUUUUCCAAAGCAAUGGUUCACUCCGGCUCAUUGCAUGUCACCAUGUUCGUGAUGCAUUUAUCCAAUAAAGAAGAAAUUAGCAUAGCAGUUGGUGCUCUUUCAGACAGCAAGGAUUUUAUAGAAGAUCUCCUGAAAGGAAAAACAGUGGAUUUGUCUUUUCAAGGAAUUCAUCACUUCAAAAAUGAAGUUGGAUUUGUGAAGUUGGCAGAAAAUGAUCAUACAGCUAUACUUAAAGAAAUAGCAGAGACUAUGAAGAAGAUAUUUCAAGAAAAGGGCAUCUUGGCAGGAGAAGAAAGAGAUUUUAAACCACAUCUGACCUUCAUGAAGUUGUCAAAAUCCACACCACUACGUAAGCAGGUGAAAAAAAUUGACCCAAGCCUGUAUGAAGAUUUUAAAAGCCAUUAUUUUGGAAAUGAAAUCCUGCACCGCUUAGAUCUUUGCUCCAUGCUGAAAAAAAAGCAACCAAAUGGUUACUACUACUGUGAGUCCUCUAUUGUUUUUGGAAAGAGCCAUGAAGCAGACUUAGUAAAGGAAGCUUUACACAGAGAAACACAGGCCCAGUUAUCCAGACUGAAUCAGAUAAAGGAGCUGUUAUCCAGUCCUGAGAUCCGCAUGAAAAUUAGGAAAGAACUUUUUGAAGACAGGCACAAGUCUAACAGUAAAUGGAAAAGUUGUAUUGACUCUGGAUCUCCAAAUGCAUGAUUAGAAAUUGCCAUGAUGUGAAAUGUCAUCAGGUUGCUUAAAGACAGAAAAUAUUUCUUCAAUGAACUUUCCUUUCUGUUUCUUUUAUACUGAAAAUAUGAAUGGGUGCAAAUGGGUCAUGAGGGAUCAUGCUGGAAUACUUGCACAGAAGGACUAUGUCUCAUAAUGAUGGAGUGCAGUCACUCCUCAGCACUCCUUUGAAACAUGCUUGAAUGUGCAGGUAUAUGUCAUGACUCCAAAGUGGAAAAAUACUUGUUUCCAAUAAAUCUGAGCAAACACUGUGCCCUUCCUUUAUCACUGCGAAUAAUUCAGAUUUUUCUCACAGAUCCCUUCCAUAACAAUGGUAUACAAAUAUUAAAAAAUGGAUGCUUUUAAAUACUUUUAAAUGUGUAUUUGAGAAGAAACUUUUAAUUAUCUGCCUUUUGGAUAUGUACUGGCAUUUUGGGUUAGCAUUGUCUGUUUUUCGGGGUUUUUUUAAAACAGCACUUGGAUACAUGUAUAAAUGCUGACAUGUUUCUGCUGAUGUUUACACUAAUGCAAGAAUGUUUUAAAUUUCUGAAUGAAAUUCAGGCUCCACUAAUCUCAAUGGCAGACUCUCAUUGGCUUUAAUGGAGUCAGGAUGCUGCAAUUAAGAUUUCUCGUGAAAAUAAUAAUUUUCCUUGGGAUAAUACUUGCCUUUUUACUUUUGUAGAACAGUGGGUUUGUAUUUUGUUUCUGAUGUUUCCUCCAUCUCUGCCUUCUGCUGCCUGAGGUGGGGUGUCAGUUUGCUCUCAUUGCUCCCUCCACACACCUGCAAGAUUCACUGAAGCUUUGGAUGUACAACAGUGCAGGAGUAGGUCCAAUAUUUGCAUUUUUUAUAAACAUUGUUUAAAAUUGCCUCUGAUCAUAAAAGCUAUAAAAUAUGUGUUGUGAUUGGUAUCAGAAUUGUGCUGUUCGAACAACUGUGUGCAUAUACUUCGUUGGUCUCAAGCACUGGUCAUUUAUCUCAUGCAUCAGAGCGCUUUUUUCUCAUACAUAACAGUAUAUUCAGAAAUGUUUCAUACAUGCUAUGUUCACAAUAAAGUAUUUUUCUUUUGCACCCUA